AUGGUGUCUCUUGAAGGCCAAAAGUCAUCGGCAUCAGCAAAAGCCUUUGGAACCCAGAUGCGAGAGGAAUGCUUCUCUUUUUCUGAGGGUUAUCGGCCUCUUAAUCAUGGUUCAUUUGGAACUUUUCCAAGGGAGGUCCGGGAUUACCAAAGGCAAUUACAAGAUGAGAGCGAAGCAAGACCAGACACGUUCAUACGAUAUACCUACCUCAAGCUUCUCGGUGAAAGUAGAGCAGCCAUUGCAUCGCUCUUAGGGGCUGAAGCCGGCGAAGUUGUUCUUAUUCAGAACGCCACCACGGGAGUCAACACUGUGCUUCGCAACUUGGAUUUUCAGCACGGCGAUACAAUCCUUCACUUCGGCACCAUCUACGGUGCCUGCUCGAAGACUAUUCAGUCACUGUCAGAGGAUCGUCCGCUCUCGUCACACGCAAUUGAAAUCACUUAUCCAAUCAAUGAUGAUGAAAUCCUCCACCGAUUUCGGUGCGCGGUUGAUGAAGUCAAAAGCCAGGGAAAGACGCCAAGACUCGCCAUGUUCGACACAGUCCUGACAUUUCCUGGAGCCCGUUUCCCCUUCGAGAGACUAGUGGCGACCUGCAGAGAGCUUGGAAUUUUGAGCUUUAUCGACGGGGCUCAUGGUGUCGGCCACAUCGAUCUGACUCACCUUGGUGAUGUCGGACCCGACUUCUUUAUCAGUAACUGCUACAAAUGGUUGAUGGUGCCAAGGGGAUGCGCCGUCCUAUAUGUACCAUUCCGGAACCAACGCAAGAUCUCUUCGACGGUGCCCACAUCAUGGGGUUACGAGGUCAAGGAGGAGCGAGACAAGAUGGAACCGCGAGACUACUUCUCUCGGUUGUUCAACAAGAUCUCUACGACAGACAACACGCCGUACUGCUGUAUACCAGUGGCGCUCGAAUUCCGUUCCAAAGUCUGCGGCGGAGAGACAAAGCUCCGCGAAUACUGCGAAGACAUUGCGCGCCAAGGUGGCGAUCAGAUGGCAGAGAUGCUCGGCACAGAAGUCCUUGGCACCUCAUCGGCUCUGUUUCGGCGCUGCUGCUUCGUCAACGUCCGCCUCCCCUUAACCCUGGCGGAGCUCAACGUCAACGCACCAGAGGGUCCGGGAAUAGCAAAAUGGAUGCAAGAACUAACGCCAGCUGAGUACGAGACGUACAUUCCCAUCAAGUUCUACGCAGGCAACUUCUGGUGCAGGAUCAGCGGUCAGGUUUAUUUGACAUUGAAGGAUUUUGAGUGGGCGGCAGAGACUUUGCUCCUAAUCUGUAGACGUGCGAAGGCUGGGGAAUGGAAAUGA